AUGUCUAUUCUUAAUACUACCCCUGACUCAUUCUCGGACGGAGGUCUAAAUUCACCUACUGACGAAACAGCGCUUCGCGAGACGAUCAGAUCUCAAAUUCGCGCAGGUGCUACGAUCAUCGACAUUGGCGGACAGUCAUCUCGACCCAAUGCUCCGGAUGUGACAGCAGAAGAGGAGAUUCAGCGCGUCCUUCCUGCUAUCAAGGUCAUCAGAUCGUUGCCCGAAGCAUCUGACGUCUGCAUUAGCAUCGAUACAUAUCGUGCAACAGUGGCCGAAACAGCUAUUAAGGCAGGAGCCCACAUUAUCAAUGACAUUUCUGGAGGGCUACUUGACGCCGACAUGCUACCUACAGUUGGCCGUCUGGGAUGCACUGUCUGCUUGAUGCACAUGAGAGGCACCCCAGCAACAAUGACCAGUGCAGAGAACUGCUCGUACCCUAAUGGUCUAAUCCCUACGAUAGCUAAAGAACUCUUGGAUCGAGUCAAAGCAGCAGAAGAAGCUGGGAUCCGUCGCUGGCGCAUAGUUCUAGACCCAGGAAUUGGUUUCGCCAAGACGACUGAGCAAAACCUGGAGAUUCUCAGACGUAUGGGCGAACUCAGGAGUUGGCCUGGCUUAGUUGGAUUCCCCUGGCUUCUGGGCAGCAGUAGAAAAGGAUUCGUCGGCAAGAUCACAGGAGUGAAGGACGCAAAAGAGCGCACAUGGGGCACAGCGGCGACCGUCGCAGCGGCUGUCCAAGGUGGAGCAGAUGUGUGA